AUGCCGUCGGGUGCGAAGAAGAGGAAGGCGCUGAAGAAGAAGCAGCAACAGGAAUCGAGUAGAACAAGUACGAACAAUCAGGGUUUCAAUGGCGAUAAUCUCCAUGGAAAUGGAAGCCAAGAUGAUAGGGAAAGUGAUAGCAAUUUGAGCUCCCCUGGUUCUCAAGGAAAUGAAGAGUUUGGUGCCAAAGAUCAGUCUGCUGCUCUAUCAUCUGCUAAAGAGUUAUCAGGAGAUGAAAAUGUUACUCAGGGACUAAGUCAGAAAAGUGGAAACGGUAUUGCGGCGGCUGAGAGAGGAGCUGAUGACAAGAAAAUUACUGUGGAGAAACCAGUCAAAUCCUCUUCUGAGAAGUAUACUCACACAGCUAAAAACGUAGCUUGUCAGGAUCCUUGUGGUAAUUCGAUUACCGAAAUCGCUCCUGUUGCCGAUUCUGUGAAACCUGUGGUGUUUGUCUCCAAAGUAGUGAUUCCUGAAAAGAGUGAGCACGUUGAGGCCUCAACACACUCAAAUAUGGUCAAACACAAGUCUGUGGAGAAUAAAGAGUACCCAUCUGCAGAGAGUGUAAGAGAAUCUGAAGCUCCAGUAUCCUCUGAGGAAAAGCGUAUUUUGCUGCCUGGUCCACCAGCCGUCCGAACUUCGUGGUUGAGUUGCUGCGGUUUGUUUGAUGCUAUGUCAGGAUCUGAUAGAUAA